AUGUCAUAUGAGGAGGACGAGGAGACUUUCGAGCAUACCCUGUUGGUAGUUCGGGAAGUAUCCGUUUUCAAAAUCCCGCCCCGAUCCACGAGCGGCGGGUACAAAUGCGGCGAGUGGUUACAGUCCGACAAGAUCUGGACGGGUCGGCUCCGGGUGGUGUCGUGCAAGACCCGCUGCGAGAUACGCCUCGAGGAUCCGAAUUCCGGCGAGCUGUUCGCUGCCUGUUUCGUGAAUCCGGGUCAAAGAGAGAGCUCCGUUGAAUCGGUAUUGGACUCUUCGAGAUACUUCGUGUUGAAGAUCGAGGAUGGGCAAGGGAAGCACGCAUUCGUAGGAUUAGGGUUUAACGAGAGAAAUGAAGCGUUCGAUUUCAAUGUCGCUCUUUCGGAUCAUGAGAAGUAUGUGAAGAGAGAGGGCGACAAGGAUGUUGGUGUCAAUGGUGGUGGUGAGGGGGCUAAUGAGGAGAAUCAUAUUGAUAUUCAUCCUGCUGUUAAUCAUAGAUUGAAGGAAGGGGAAACUAUUCGGAUAAAUGUGAAGAAUAAAGUAUCUGGCGGAACGGGCAUGCUUUCAGCUGCAGGGUUAUCUAGCGGGCCUUCUGGAACUGGGAAAUCUAAAACCCUUAGCCUUGCACCACCACCUAGUGGGGGAGGGAAGAUUAGGUCUCCUCUUCCGCCCCCACCCAACGAUCCUGCUGCGGCUAGGAUUAAUUCUCCUGGCCAUGACACUGCUGUGAAGGGAUCCAAGGAAACUGUGAAGCAGUCAAAUGAUCCUUUAUCUGAUCUCUCUCAACUCGAGAGGAACCUUCCCGCCAGUGCUGGAUCAGGGUCAGCUAAAACCUCUGCAGCCGGCUGGGCAGCAUUUUGA